AUGUCUAGCUCACGCUCACAUAUCAUGAAACAUGCGAACAAUAGCGGCUCAGUACGCUUUCAUCCUAGUGUAGAAGAGAUUGAAUCGAAAGGAGGUGGUGAGGAUAAUGAACCAGGGUAUCGCUCUUCCUCCUACAAGGAGCUCAAACCAAUCUCUGGCAGGAGAGCAACGGGCUACACACCUGCAACGGACGAUCUUGAAGACGAACGUCGACAGAUUCGCCAAUUGAUGAGCGAACGCAAGAUCAAUUACAAUCAACACUCUAGCCGAAAUGAUCGAAACUUGGCCAAGAAGAAAGAGUUGGAAGUCAAUAAUGCAAAAGAUAUUUCGCGAGCAUCUAUGAGUGAUCACAGCGAGAUCAGUGCAACAACCAAGCAACUUUAUGAUCAACCCGCUAAACAUGGAUUUGGGGCCAAAUUGGUCUGUGCAAUGCGAUUCGUAAAGAAACAUGAUCAUGCAGGCCAUGACAUGGAUCAAUCUGUUGCAAAACGUUCAGGACUUAAUCAUCGCAAAAGUUCGAUAGAAUUAGGAUCAGAAGACGAAUUUGAGCCAGUAGAAAAAGGCACAUAUAUGACCGCUCCAAGUUUGACCGAAGCUUUUGCGCCAAUCUUUGCCGAUGGUCAUGGAAUGUUUUUGCCUUCUACAGCAAGAGAAGGUAAUCCUCAUAACUUUCACAAAAAUUUGGCAAGUCUUCCAAAAGGGAACAGUAGUUUUGCUGCAAUCGUAGAAACGGCCGUACAAAAGCAGGUAGUAGGCGGCGAGGGUCGAAUGCAAAAGAAGUUAAGGAGGCCACCCCCAAAACGACAUGAAGAUACAGAUGCAAGUGUUUCUGAGGAAGAUCUUGAAAAGAUUCUUUCCGAAGCGGUACGUGAACGUAUCCAUGUGCUAGCAGCAUCAGCAAAGCGAAGAGUCCGCGAUUCAAUGCUCAAAAUUGCCGAUUCAAUGGAAGAGCCGGAAGGUGAUACUCCGAGAAAACCUUCAUUCGAUCAAGAAAGGCAAAAGAUCAGUCAUGGAGAUGAACUUCCCCGCCGUACUAAUAGCAGAAAAGGCAUGACAAAAGUUCAUUACAAGGCUGAUGAUCCUUCUGACUAUGCUCGUCGUCACGAAGGACGAGAGCGUAAACAAGUCAAUGAUGAACCUUUAGCCUAUGAAAAUGACGGAAUUGUGGAUGCCAAGACUGCUUUCAAAAUUGUGGAAUCUGAACGACAUCGUAAUAAUGGAAAUGCAGCAGUGCAUUCUGAUGUUAUUUGGAUCGGCCGUGAUGGACAUCAGAUUGAUGAUCCUACCACAAAGAAAUCUAGAACUCGUCAAAGGCAGUUAACUAAAAUGCCUGUGUUGGAUGGAACAGAGAAUGCAGCUGUUCACGAUGAACCUUUAGCUGUAGAACGGGUCCAGCCCGAACCCAUUCACAAGAGUAGAGAGGCUCGUGCUGAACGUCAUUACGAUCAUCACGGAAGACCAUCAAUGGAAAGCGUCCGAUCUGAACCACAAUAUCGUUCUACUCAUGACCGAUCUCGCUCUCGUCAUAAGACACGUUUAUCAGAGGACAAUGUCGUUUCUGAGCAUCUUAAUCGAGCAUCAGAAGAUAGUCCUAGAAGCCAUGGAAGCACUCGACGUCACCGUAGCCGCCAUGAAAGGCCACAUCGUUCUCGCGAACCAAGUUUGGAAGAAAAAGACCUUUCACAACUUGACCGCGCAAGAAUGGAUGAAAUCUCACACCGUCAUCAACGAAAAGCAGAAGAGAAAGAAAAAGAACGUAUGAUGACGAUUCGAGUGAACGAACAAGCGGAACCUGUUAAGUCAAUUAUCGAAAGAGAGAAGCUCUUGAAUGACAGUCACGCUAUCAAACAAGCAAAAUCUGAAGAGACUGAUCACAUUGAACCAGUCGAAAAGAGUGACGAGGUGAGCACAGCCAAUAGUCACCACAAGUUCAGAUCUUUACGUGCUUUGGGACAUGCAAUUGCUCUUGGAAAUAGUAUGCAUGGAGGAAGGAAGACUGAUCACAAAACUGAUGAUGUUUUGGAUCCAGAAGCAAGCGAAGCCAAAGAUCACGAAGGAAGUGAGCAUGCGAACGGUGAUGUGCAACACAAGUUUAACAAAUUUGUUGACGCUCAUGGAGAAACAAGAUUGAACGAAGCUUUGGAUAUUGCAAAAAUGAUGAUGGAACAAGAAUUGUUGGAUGUCAAAGCUGAGAAACGUAGACAUCAAACGACAGUGGCUGCCUUGGAUCCAAAUGCAGAUCAAAAGGGCGUAAAAGGCGCAUUCAAAGCGGUGAAAAAUGUUACCGGUCAUCUUGCACAUCAUGAUGGUGGUGGAAUUGCAGCCGCUGCAAGAGGUACACGUUCAAAAGCAGAAAGAUCCAUGGCUUCUGCAACGUCUGAACAACAAUCCUUCAAUCCAUCAGAAGAUGCGUAUGAACAAGCACUUCGAAAUGAGAUCAAGAGUAAAAAGGAACGCAUCAAAACUUCUCAUUUUAUUAAUGAUCAGAAUUUCGGUAUCAACGGUCUGAUCUGA